GGGGUUGAGAGGGCAGCGGCGCGGACAGUGGCCCUCCCGCUUCCCGGCCGCGAUGAGCCGCGUCCGGACGCCCCCGGGUUGUGAGGGGGGCCCUGAGGUGACCCCGGGCCGGGCCGGGCUGUGACGGUGCCAGGUAACUGGUGGCGCAGGGCCCGGCCAUGGGCUGAGCCCGAGCCUCCUUGCAGAGGCCUGGGAGCGGUUCGCCGGUGUUGUUGAGGGAAUGGGGCACCAGCCGGUGGCUUGCCCGAGCUGUAGCACUGCUGGCACUGCCGGUGGUUCCAGCCGAAACACCCCACUGCAGUGUGUCCCGAGUUCCAUCAGAGAAGGACAGAAUCCCAGAAUGGGUCCGGUUAGAAGAGACCACAGGGGGUCACCUGGCUCAACCUCCCUGCUCAAGCAGGAUCAUCCCAGAGCAUGUGGCACAGGACUGUGUCCAGACGGUUCUGGAAUAUCUUCAUUGAGUCAGACUCCAAAACCACUCGGGGUAAUCUGUUCCCGUGCCCGGUCCCUGCAGUUUUUGCUCAUGUUCUUCCUGAUGUUCAGCACACUCAUAAGAUUGCACAGCUUGUGAUUUCUACAUUGUCAUUUGAGUUCAGCAUCAGCUGCCUUUUCUGGUCCCUGCAAGAUGCCAGCAGCCCUUGCAGAGAACAGCCAGGUUAUCUGUGAAGUAUGGGCCAACAACCUGGAGGAAGAGAUGAGGAAAAUUCGGGAGAUUGUUCUGAGUUACAGCUACAUUGCCAUGGACACGGAGUUCCCCGGAGUUGUUGUCAGGCCAAUCGGUGAAUUCCGCAGCUCCAUAGAUUAUCAGUACCAGCUCCUUCGCUGUAACGUUGAUCUGCUGAAAAUUAUCCAGCUGGGCCUGACUUUCACAAAUGAGAAGGGGGAAUAUCCUUCUGGCAUCAACACCUGGCAGUUCAACUUCAAAUUCAACCUUACGGAAGACAUGUACUCUCAGGAUUCCAUAGACCUCCUUGCCAGCUCUGGGCUGCAGUUCCAGAAACAUGAAGAAGAAGGGAUCGAUACCCUGCAUUUUGCGGAGCUGCUGAUGACAUCUGGGGUCGUCCUCAGCGACAGCGUGAAAUGGCUGUCCUUCCACAGUGGUUAUGACUUUGGCUACAUGGUGAAGUUGUUGACAGAUUCCAGGUUACCAGAAGAGGAACAUGAAUUUUUCCACAUCUUAAACCUUUUCUUCCCAUCUAUCUAUGAUGUGAAGUACUUAAUGAAGAGCUGCAAAAACCUAAAGGGUGGCCUUCAGGAAGUGGCAGAUCAGCUGGAUUUGCAGCGAAUUGGACGACAACACCAGGCAGGAUCAGACUCUCUUCUCACAGGAAUGGCCUUUUUCAGAAUGAAAGAGUUAUUUUUCGAGGAUACAAUUGAUGAUGCAAAGUACUGCGGACGACUGUAUGGCCUUGGCACAGGAGUGGCUCAGAAACAGAACGAAGAUGUGGACUCAGCCCAAGAGAAAAUGAGCAUUUUGGCCAUUAUCAACAACAUGCAGCCCUGAUGAGUGGUGCCCCUCAGCAGAACAUGUUUACCAUAUUGGCAGCUGCUGUCCUCAACCAUUUUCCCUAAACAGUGUCUCGAACAAAAAGCAUCUCCAGUACACAGGCUGCACCAAGCCUUGCAGUUUUGCUGAAGAGCUGCAUUUUCCUUUGAAACCCAGAAGAGUUGACUGAAUUCCUAAUGCCAGCCUUUGUGGUUUGCCAUAUUUUUAAUACCAAGGGCGAAGGACAGAACCUACUGUGUAUACCUCUGUUUUUUUCCUCUUUAUACUGUACAGAAUCUGCAAGGAAGAUUUACCAGUAGAAUAUUGGGUAGAGCUAAAGGUUUGGAAAUGCAGUGAAAAUGGACAGACACACCCGCAAAUUUGCAAUUUGUGUUUUAUAAAGCUUAUUUUAAAACUUCUGCAUGUUGUGAGGGUGACAGCUUCACCUCAUGUGUUGCUUAUUUUAUCUCUGUGGAAAUUGCUCCCUUUGAUCACUGCAGAGGUUUGGGAAUGGAUGACAUUAAAGAUGAUCCUUGCAGCUAAAAAUAUUCAGAGAUUUGCUUUAACAACAGAGGGAAUGGAGAUUAAUGGAGCUUAUUUGAUCAGCACUCCUUCGUUUCUAAUUCUCUGUUACUGCUUUGACCCAUACUAAGCCUCAGCUUUGUUCUUACGGGUAUUAAGGAAAUGUUUUGGAAAUUCAGAGGCCCAAAAGUUCACCUUUGACAGGGGACUGGACCAAUACUCUGACUUCAGUUUUCUUCAACUUAAACCUACAAAUUUUAUUCUUCUCCUGCAACACAACUCGGUCAGCAUGGACAAGUAUUUGUUCCUCUUCUCCCCCCUGUUUCUCCAGCCCCUCAUUCUACAAUAUGCUUAAAAGGUAAAAGAGUUUCUGUUUUUUUCCUGAGUUUCUGGUGUUUGUUUUUAUUAUAAACACCUGAAAAGUAGUUAAAAGGAUGAAGAACUUGGGAUUCUGACUUUGAAAAACAUUCUACAGCAUUUUUCUUUCAACAGCUCUGUAAUGACAUUUCUUGAAAGAACAAACCCUUUUGGACAUGUCAAACUUUAAAAUUUUUAAGACUGUCUGGCAUUUUGAACAAGCUUAAUCCAAUAUUAAAAGAGUUGAGGUUUAGAGCUAGUAUUUGAAAUGUUUGUAAAGACUAGUUUUUAUUUUUUGUAAAAUAAAUUUUUUCAAACCAGG